AUGCCGGCAAACAAUGACACCAAAGAGGAGGUCACAACACAUGAAAAUGGCGUCGUUCCUUCUACUACGACACAAGCCAUGAAGGAUGUCGAGUCAAUGGGUGACGCCAAAUCUACUGUUAGUCAGCAUGAUGAAAAGAAGCUUCUUCGAAAGCUGGACUUGCGGUUGUUGCCAAUCUUGUGUGGACUCUACCUAUUGGGCUACUUGGAUCGGUCCAACAUUGGUAAUGCCAAACUCGGCGGCUUGUUGACUGAUCUGAACUUGACGACAGAUCAGUUUCAAUGGUGUUUGUCCAUCUUUUACUUUGGUUACGUUAUCUUUGAUAUCCCUUCAAACAUCAUCAUGAAACGAUGGCGUCCGUCCUUUUGGCUGGCUACUCUUACUUUUACAUGGGGUAUUGUCGCCAUGUGUAUGGCUGCCGUAAAGGAUUUCGCUGGCUUACUUGUCUGUCGUCUCAUGCUUGGUAUUUUGGAAGCAGGUUUCUUCCCAGGUGUCCUUUUCUUCUUGUCUAUUUGGUACAAGCGAAGAGAAUACGGUCGGCGCGUCAGUUACUUUUGGUCAUUCAGUUCCUUGGCUGGUGCAUUUGGCGGUUUGAUUGCUUACGGCAUUGCAAAAAUCCCUACGCAUAUCUUGAACACGCUUUUCAUAAUUGAAGGUGCACCCUCUGUGGUACUUGCCUUGUUUGCUGCUUGGUACUUGCCCAAUAACCCUGAAACCGCAAAGUUCCUUUCCACUGACGAACGUGAAUUGGAAGUUUCCCGGCUUGCAACAGAUCAAGGACCUGCUAACGAUCAUUCGUGGUCGUGGCCCCGUGCCGUGUCUGUGUUCACCGACUACAAGACAUACACAUUCAUGUUCAUUUACAUCACUGGCACAAGUGCUCUACAAGGCGUCACCUUGUUCUUACCAUCGAUCAUAUCGGGUAUGGGUCAAUGGGAUCGGGCCGCUUCGCAAGCCUUGACCACACCACCUUACUUUUUGGCAUUCAUUCUCACUAAUGUUGCUGGCUGGAGCUCUGAUCGAUUCUUUGAUCGUGCGUAUCAUAUGGUUGGCAUCAACUUGAUCGGCAUGGCUGGUUUCUUGAUGCUUAUGUUCAUCCCCGAGGGACAAGUGGGUGUGCGUUAUUUUGCUGCCUGCGUUUGCACUGUUGCUGUGUACGCCAAUGUGCCAGUCAAGGUCGCCUGGUUCAACAAUAACUUUGCCGGCUUGACCCGGCGUGCACUUGCUUCAGCGGCCAUUGUUGCCAUUGGUACGAUUGGAGGUGCUAUUGGCGGCCAGAUCUACUUUGACGAACCACUUUAUUUUGGUGGCAACACGAUUGCAUUCUGCUGUCUUGGCGCACAAACAAUUGCGGAUUUGGGAUUACGGUUUAUGUUGGCACGCGAGAAUAAGCGACGUGACAAGCUGACUCAGGAGCAAAAGGAGUAUGAGAUCUUCAAGCACGGCGGUGAAGAAUUGGCUGGUGAUCGCCAUCCAGACUUUCGCUAUAAAGAGUCAUGGACUACGUGGGUCUACAAAACGGCCAUUCAUGCAGCAGCAGACAGUGAUGACAUGUCCAAAGAAGGAAUAGUGGUUGCUGUUGUUGUCAAUGCUUCUGAUGGAACAGAGACAGUGAUGGACGAUGACCAAUGA